UCUCUCUCUCUCUCUUGAAUUUUAUAUUAUUUAAAGUCGGUUGUCUUUUGUUUUUUUUCUUUUUGUUGGUUGGUUUUGGGGAGGUUAGAAUAGAAUUAUAGAAAACGGGAUUACAGAUGAGAAGAUCUACAGUGUUAAGUGAAUUAGAAAUAGCCGCCAUUAUUGUCUGCCACUGCCACUGAAACCCCGGACCUUUCUUCUCUUCUCUGCUCUGCUCUGCUCUUUCCUCUUUCCUCUUUUACAUAUUACAUUUUCAGACUCAGAUCCGCCCUCCCUUCCUUGUUCCGAUCUCCAAUCAGCCAAUUAUUAUAUAUAUAACAUGAAUUAGGGUUUCUACAAUUUUGCGCUGUAAUUCAAAUCCAACAAUUCCUAUUUCCUACCAAUAACAUUAACCCUAUACUAUAAUACUCUACCUCAGGUGGUCAGGAAUGGGGGAAGCAGUGCCAAUCUAUCUUAGCAUAGUUGCAUUUAUAUGCACAGUGGGAGCCAUUGUUCUUGCUGUUAGGCACAUCUACAGGCACCUUAUGAAUUACACCGAACCUACUUAUCAGCGCUUUAUUGUCCGCAUCAUCUUCAUGGUUCCGGUUUAUGCACUAAUGUCUUUCUUGUCCCUGGUUUUACCAGCUGCCUCAAUCUAUUUCAAUUCAUUUCGGGAAGUUUAUGAAGCAUGGGUCAUCUAUAAUUUCCUGUCAUUGUGCCUGGGAUGGGUUGGUGGACCAGGAGCUGUUGUACUAAGUUUAAGUGGUCGGGUUCUGAAGCCAUCAUGGUGUCUGAUGACAUGUUGCUUUCCUCCCAUACCUCUGGAUGGGCGUUUCAUACGUAGGUGCAAGCAGGGGUGUUUGCAGUUUGUCAUUUUGAAGCCUAUUUUAGUUGCUGUUACACUCAUACUUUACGCAAAAGGAAAAUAUGAAGAUGGAAAUUUCAGUCCAAAUCAAUCAUAUUUGUAUCUCACAAUUAUCUAUACAAUCUCAUAUACAAUGGCUCUUUAUGCUUUGGCAUUGUUUUAUCUGGCAUGCAAAGAUCUGCUUCAGCCAUUUAAUCCAGUCCCAAAGUUUAUUUUAAUCAAAUCCGUUGUUUUCCUGACUUAUUGGCAGGGUGUUUUGGUUUUCCUUGCUGCAAAGUCUGGAUUCAUUAAGGAUGCAGAGGAAGCUGCUGAAUUUCAAAAUUUCAUCAUAUGUGUUGAGAUGCUUAUUGCUGCUGUGGGCCAUCUCUAUGCAUUUCCAUACAAAGAGUAUGCUGGUGCAAAUAUUGGUGUCUCCCGUGGUUUGACAGGAAGCCUUGCACACGCUUUAAAGUUAAAUGACUUUUACCAUGACACGGUCCACCAGUUUGCACCAACAUACCAUGAUUAUGUUCUUUACAAUCACAAUGAGGGUGAUGAGGGAACACGGAAGUAUCGGUCACGCACCUUUGUGCCAACUGGUCCUGAGAUGGAAUCUGUAAGAAGAAACAAACAUAUGUUUGGAAACAAGUUGGAUGACAUACAGCUUUCCAGUCUCUCAUCUUCUAGUACCAGUACACCCAAAAAUCCUGACACUGUAACUGAUUCUACACAAUCUGAUGUGAUGAAAUCUUCUCUGCUUGUGGAUACCUCAAAUUCUUUUUCUGAGCCGUAUGAUAUGUCACUUAUUGAGUUGGAUGUGUCCAAUUAUCCUUCCAAAGUUCCUGCAGCAAAUGAAACUGGGACCAGGUGACAAGAGUGUUAAGAAACUGUGAAGGACAGGUAAGAAGACCAUGCUUUUAAAGGAAAGAAAGGGGUUAAGAAGAAUUGCAAAUGUUGUUUCUGAAUUGGGAAAGGCUGAUUGGCCUAUUGUGUGCUGAUAUUGGUGUCAAGUACUUUUAGAGUUUUGAAGCUUGCAGUUCUCCCUCUCUCUGUUGGUUUGAAGCACUAUACCCACCGAUAUUAGGCUUCCCACUUAAAUGGAAUAUAGCCUUUUCAGUGUGUAGAUUGUAGAUACAAAACUCGCAACAUUACAUUUUUUAACAUGAAAUUAAAAAUUCAAAGUUACUGUUUCCCAUUGGAUGUCAUA